AAAGUAUGUUUAAUAAAAAUUCUCGGCAGAUUCUUCUUCUUUCACGCUACUUUCUCUUUGGUUGCUAGGUUACAUCGCUGAUCGCACAGAUCAGAAGUUAAAAAGGACCACGUUUCCUCAAAGCCAGUAAUAUCGUAUGAGUGUUGGGAUGUUUUGUCAAUGUCUCUGCUUGUUCAUUUUGAUAUGUUCUUCAACGGAAUGCCAAAAAGAGACUUUCCGCUUAGAAUCAAUUUUAGACGCCCUAUACAAGAGUUUGCUAUUUUUGAAAAAUCACAUUCACGAAAUUAACUUAGAUGCGGUGUUAGGAGCUAGACUUGUAGAGGAACAAUUGGAAGCGUACCUGGAAUUUGAACCACACAUUUUUAAAUUGAUUCGUCCUCAAUUGAAUGUAUUGCGAGAUCUAGCGUCAAAUAUCGCCAAUGAAGGGCAAGUAUUUGUGUAUGAGAAUGACAAAGAAUACGCCGAAAGCGUUGGACGAAUGAUGUAUCGUCAUGAACGAUUACUUUGGUAUCCAACUAGAAGAAUCAACAAUGAUUUCAUGGUGUCUCCUGUUCCCUGCUCCGCCUCUGUCUUCAACGAAAAUAACAGCGAUCAUUGCUUCAACCAAAUACUUGGCUCAGGAAGCGAAAACAAGAAUGCUUGCGUUGUAACUGAAACUUGCGAGUCUUUAAACAGAGCUCCAAGACAAAGAGGUUAUGUCUUAACACAUCAAGUUUUAUUUUGGCAGUUUUUGACUAUGAAAAAUUGUUCAAAAACUGCUUCUUCAAAUCUCAUGGUCUACCUAUGCUCGAAUGUGUACAGAGAUGCAUUAGAAAUAGAAAAUGCUCAUUUCCCCCUCAAUCACCAAGAUCUUCUCAUGGAACAAAUUGGUUUGUGCGGCAUGUGGGGAUUUAAAGAUUUUUAUAAACCUAAUUGGUUAGAUGAGAUACUCAAUUGGCAACUACAAUCUGGAUGCUUUGCUCAUCGGGCAAAAUGGCAUUGUACAGAUCACCUAGUUCCAGACUCGAAAACAAGAAAGAAGAGAAGAGAAAAGAUAUUGGAAGGAGGAUGCUUAUCACAUAAGACAGCAGUAGCUUCACUAGCACUAGUUGUAAGUCUUCGAUAUGAAGCUGAAAACAUCUUCAAGUAAAUAAAAUGUAUUGGAUGAUUUUGCAAACAUAUACUUAGAAUAAUUUUCAUUUCUAGUAAAUAAAACAUUAUUAAUCACUUACUUAAAAUUUAAUAAAGAGUAGCAACU